AUGGGAGGCUGUGGCCGGUUCGGUCCACCCAUGGACAACCUUAUAGAUCCGCCCGUGGUUAACAAGGGUCUGUCUUCUGUCCAACCUUUAUCGAUUUUGCACCUCCCCUCGAAGUAAACUCUCCUUACGAUGUCUUUAUUUCUGUAAAGUCCAAAUCGAUUCGACGAUUGUUAAAGUCUCCAUUUUGUAUUGACAAGAGACACGAAAUGAAUUAUUUGUCUCGUUUUAAUGUUAGCGCAGCCCACCGCAGUAGUUGCAUCUUUGUUGUAUACAUGGACUUCAAUGCGCAACAGCGAAAGGAAUAUAGCCAUUGACUAUAUUUUGAUAAGACACUUUAAAUAGGGCAUCGGUUCUACCAACACUUUGAAGGCAAAUAUAACUUGGAGAACUUAAUAAGGAAUAAACAAGCGAAGAUGGGCUCAAGAGAUUGGAUGGGUUUCUCCUCUUGGUUUCGUGUAGCUCUUCUUCUCCUGUGUUUCGCCACCUUGAGAGUUGUGGAAGGGGUGGAACAGGCAGAGGUCUACAAAAGGCAGAUCGUCCUAGAGGAAUGUUCUGCAGGUUCUCCCGGGCCAGCUGGACCACCGGGUCCCCCCGGGCCCGACGGGGAGUCCGGGGCACCUAGUCCAGUAACCACAAACUGGAAACAAUGCUCUUGGUCGUCAGUCAAUGAUGGUAGAGAUUCGGGAUUGUACAAGUCCUGCUCUUUUACAAAAGAGUACUCCGACACAGCUAUCUACGUCUCUUGGUCGGGUAACCUUCGGCUAUCUGGAUCAGGGACGGGGUGCUGUAGAUGGUACUUUGCCUUCGGUGGUGUGGAGUGCUCCAAUCCGAACAGGAUCGAGGCAGUCGUGUACGCUUCGGGUUACAACAGCUAUAGCCUGUAUCGACCUAGGGUCAUGAUGGGGUACUGCUACGGCAUCGGUGCUGGCAGCGUAACAGUAGGGUUCUAUGUCGGGCAAUGCAGCGGCUAUGGGACCUACGACUGCUACACCGGAUGGAACAGUGGCAGUCAUAUCAUGAUCGAAGAAGUUACAAAAUCUCCUUACGACUAGGCACAAGAAAGCGCGGUGAUAAUCCAAGUUCCGACUCCAAGUUUUAUUGGCACUGUGGACGCACCGGGACAAUUGGAAGUUCUUAAACAAAUUUGGAGGCAAACUUUAUUUCUGGACUAUUAAACCUGAACAAUUGAAAUGCUUGACAAACUUCAACAAUCUUAGUCCGAUGAAUAAAAGAAAAAAAUGUUACCAAGGCAACAACCCGCAUUAUACUGACGUAUUUUUAACAGUCUUUCUGAGAAUGGGAUCAAGUAAGUUUUCAUAAAACGACGGUAAUCAUGAGUUAUGUAUAGUGGAAAGUUUAUGAUUCAUCAUUUAUUCUGCAAAUGUAUAGUACAAAAAAGUUGAAAAAAAUAAAAAAAUAAAAAUAGACCUUCAAUGACGUCAGUCGUAUUGUAUGUUGCCGCCCAUCCCUUCUGCAUGCGCUCCACCAUUGUCUUGAGAAACGACCACAAAGGGUACGUAAAAUAAGUGAUCUAAUAUGCACGAAAUGACGUAUUUGGAAAAUAAUUACCGUCAGCUAAGUUUUGGUCCGUCUAAAUAUUGGGCGGUACAACUGAUCGGAAAAGGAAAACUACUUUCGUAUUACUGAGACUUGCUCGUGAAUUUUGAUGGUAGCUGUUGUUUUCAACUAUAUAAUGUACACUGUAACAAUGCCGGGUGAGACAUAAUGAGGGUAAUCAAUGUCUGACCAACUUUUGUAGGCAAUAAUUUCCAACUUGGACAAUUUGGUGUUCAUUUUUUAUUUUAGUGAAAGGUAGUUAUGGUCGUCCAAAAUAUUACACCAGGGCCCAUUUCACAAAAACGUGUCACCAGUGCAAAAUAACAGUUUUUGUUAUAAGCUACUGAUAUCUUUACUUUUGAUUAGUUGUCAGCAGAUUUGUCACUGAUUUUUGUCAUUUGUUAUUGAAAAAAAAGGCUUUGUGAAACGGGUCCCAGGUGGGUGCAAAAUUGUCUAACCGUUGGUCGAACAUAACGACUUCCCUCAUGUUCGGCAAUUUUGACCCAACAUUUAUUUUUACGGUGUAUACAAUGUAAAGGAUUCUGUUAAA